AAUGUAAUUCCUCUACAUUUGGCUGCCCAGCAGGGGCACAUUUCCGUCGUGGGUAUGCUGCUCUCCCGAUCAACACAACAACAACAUGCUAAGGAUUGGAGAGGGCGCACUCCUUUACAUCUAGCAGCAAUGAACGGACAUUAUGAAAUGGUGUCGCUCCUGAUUGCCCAAGGAUCUAAUAUAAAUGUGAUGGAUCAAAAUGGUUGGACUGGAAUGCACUUUGCUACAAAGGCUGGGCAUUUGAACGUCGUUCAGCUCUUCGUGAAGAGUUCUGCUGACGCACUUGCAGAGACCAAAGAAGGGAAAGUUCCUCUGUGCUUUGCUGCUGCACACAAUCAUAUAGAUUGUUUGAGAUUUUUAUUAAAACAGAAGCAUGACACACAUCAACUCAUGGAGGAUAGGAAGUUCGUAUUCGAUUUGAUGGUUUGCGGGAAAGGAAACGAUAAUGAACCUUUACAAGAGUUUAUUUUGCAAAGUCCUGCACCGAUAGAUACAGCCGUGAAGCUUUCAGCUUUGUACAGAGAUAUGUCCGAGAAAGAAAAAGAACGGGCGAAAGAUUUAUCGAAUGUAUCUGUGUUUUCCGAAAACAUGGCUGUUGAGCUGUUAAGCAUAACCGCUUCAGAAUACAACGCUGCGCUUCUUUUGAAAGCUAAAGAUAAUCGUGGGCGUCCUCUUCUAGAUGUCUUGAUUGAAAAUGAACAGAAAGAAGUUGUGUCCUAUGCAUCAGUUCAACGUUAUCUAACGGAAAUCUGGACUGCCAGGGUUGACUGGUCGUUUGGUAAAACGGUCGCGUUCUCUUUGUUUGUGUUGAUGUGUCCUCCUGCUUGGUUUUACUUCUCGUUACCUUUGGAUAGUAGAAUCGGACGUGCACCCAUUAUUAAAUUUGUUUGUCACAUAGUGUCUCAUGUAUAUUUCACUAUUCUGUUAACAGUUGUUGUGCUGAAUAUCACUCAUAAAAUGUAUGAGACUACAUCAGUGAUUCCAAACUCGGUGGAAUGGCUGCUUUUGUUAUGGUUAUCUGGUAAUCUUGUUUCUGAGCUUUCAUCUAUGGGCGGUGGCUCUGGAUUGGGUAUUGUAAAGGUUCUUAUCCUCGUUCUUUCUGCAGCUGCAAUAGCUGUUCACGUCCUUGCUUUCUUAUUACCAGCACUGGUAUUAACUCAUUUAGAUAACGAUGAGAAAUUACAUUUCGCACGUACUAUGUUGUAUUUAAAGAAUCAGCUUUUCGCUUUCGCACUUUUGUUCGCUUUCGUUGAAUAUCUGGAUUUCUUGACAGUGCACCAUUUAUUCGGACCAUGGGCAAUCAUUAUAAGAGAUCUUAUGUAUGAUUUGGCUAGGUUUCUUGUUAUUUUAUUAUUGUUUGUCGCCGGGUUCA